UCCUCAUUUCACCACCACUCAUUGCCCACCAAAAUCCAAAAAUCUAUAAGCACAUUGUCAAAUAUACCUUUGCUUCUUCAAUCCCGAUGCCCUCAUUUCUCUCCAAAUCCUUCCUCCGUUUGCCCCCCAAAUCCCCUCGCUUCUUCCGCCACUUUCCCAUGUCCACUCUCACCACCAAACCUCGGCUUCGCGGCGUCGUUUUCGACAUGGACGGCACCCUCACCGUCCCCGUCAUCGACUUCGCUGCAAUGUACAAGGCUGUCCUCGGUGACGACGAGUACAAGAGGGUCAAAGCUGAAAACCCGUGUGGGAUUGAUAUUUUGCACCACAUUGAGAAUUGGAACCCCGAUAAGCAGCGAAAAGCUUAUCAGAUUAUUGCUGAUUACGAAAAACAGGGCCUUGAUCGCCUCCAAAUCAUGCCUGGUGCAGUAGAGCUUUGUGGUUUUCUUGAUGCAAAGAAAAUAAGAAGGGGACUAAUCACUCGCAAUAUCAAAGAAUCAGUUGAUCUGUUUCAUCAACGGUUUGGGAUGAUGUUUUCUCCAGCACUCAGCAGGGAGUUUCGUCCUUAUAAACCAGACCCUGCUCCUCUGCUACAUAUCUGUUCCACUUGGGAAGUUCAACCAAAUGAAGUCAUGAUGGUUGGUGAUAGUCUUAAAGAUGAUGUGGCUUGUGGGAAACAAGCGGGAGCAGUUACAUGCUUGCUUGAUGAAAGGGGGAGGUAUAUCUCUCAAGAUUUUGCCAGAUUGGAUCUAACACCGGAUUUCAAGGUGUCUUCCUUAAAUGAAGUUUACUUCCUUCUGGAAUCCAGUUUUGACCUAACACCCUGAUUUCCAAGUCCAUGGUUGACAAAUGGUUUUAUACUUCAUGGAGUAGCUGAUAGUUGUGCUUUAUCUAGUGAAAAUCCUACACUAGAUAGGAUAGCUCUUUUUUUUCCAUUGUUCCCAAGAAAGUUUUUAACAGUUGAGGAACACCUGAACAGUAGAUAGCAGUAGGUAAAUAAAAAAAAUCAGCCUUUAAGUAUAAGAUGCUGUUCCCGUUAUCUGGAGGAUAGUUGAAGGAGACCUUGUGUUUGAGUUGAUCACCAGCAGGAUAGCAGGAUAUCACCAUGGAGUUUGGAGUUGUUUUCUGUUGCUGAAGAACACUGGAGGAGACAUCAUUCGAAUGUUCAUGAUGUUUUUUACAUUUAUUCUCGAUGCCUUGCUGUUCAUGUGCCUUUGUAAUGUUGGGCAUCCAAGGUCUUUGUUCUACACGUGGAUGUCCAACUGUAAAGAAACAUUUGGCCAAUACUAUUUUGGACAAUUCAUUUCAUGUUGAAGAAGUACUAAUAUCCUUAUGAAGUCCCAUAA